AAAAAAACAAUAAAAUGUACAGACAGUUUUCAAUCGUUCUAAUAUUGUUGGCAAAUUCUAUAAUUUUGGACGCGUGUUUUUUCCGGGACUGCUCUAACAUGGAUUGGUACCGCAAGAGGGGGCAAGAGAUCACGGACCCAAGAAAACAACUUUUUCAGGAAUUGCCAGAAUUUUUGGAUAACAGACCAUUUCAGUGCAAUAAAGACGAAAGCAACACCGGUAACGAAUGCAAGUUUAGCGGGCAGAAAAUAUGCUGCCAAGAAACCGACGAUGGUCAAGUCAUAUGUGCAGUUUCAGCAACUGAAUUACAACACCGGUUUUUAAGCAGUGGUGUCUUACAACAAGUGCAAAGGAUUCUGCAUGAAUUUGUUGAGAUUAGUAGCAGAGGAGCGCCACAAAAACGGAGAUAUUGUAUCAAAGUUGGCGUGUGCUGUUCUUGGGAUCGAUGCCGGCCUCAAGUUAGCUGCAGUUACAAAGAUCAAGACAUUCCAUCACACAAAGAAGUUUUUCAAGAUCAAACUGCACUUGUAAACAGAAUUUCGCAUCUCUUACAAGACAUGUAUUAAUACAUUGUAUAACACACGACGACUAAUGUACUUACCGUAUUUUCCAAUUCGACUGUCUUUUGAAAAUGGUAGUGAAAUUUUCAGUCGUUUUAAGUGUAACGUUGUGUGAAUAAAUGUUUCCUAAAUGGCAGAA